CAGUCACACUACCAGAGCCCCACAGGAGCCUCACUCACAGAGAAAAGCCCCGCACACACUGACUCAGGCCUGGACACGGGGAUACAGUGUGCUGCCAAAUCAUAAUCACUUUACCUCUGAGUGACGCCUUGCUUUGCUGAAUCUCUUUAUUUUCUACCACAGACAUGGAGCUCCACAGUCUGCAUAGAACCUUUCAUCACAGCCACCUGGGUGAGGAGAAGCACCAGAUGCUGAACCUGAACAGACGCCUGGAGACCUACCUGAGCCGGGUCAAACUCCUGGAAGAGGAAAAUGCACUGCUUGCAAAAGAGCUCCACGGUCUGAGACGCAGCAAUCAGGGAGCCUCGAUACGAAGGAAGGGUCUGGAGGAAGAGCUGCGGAAGGCGAGGCUGGAGGUGGAUGUAGCCUGGAGGGACAGGGUCCACGCAGAGCUGGAGGUCGGCAGGCUGACCGAGGAGGUCCAAGCCCUGGACCUGCAGAGGCAGAGGGAGGCUCGGGACCAGGUAAAAGCCAAGACAAAACUGGACCAAAGCAGGAAGGAGCUGGAGGAGGAACAGAGGGCACAGAUCUGGCUGAGGGAGAAGGAGCACUUGGAGGGCCUUGAGGCAGACAAAGAGGAGCUGGGCCAGCAGACUGAUUGUCUCCCUCUGGAGAACCAACUCCUGCUGCAGCUGAAGAUGUCUCAGGGCCUGGAGGUGGCAACGCACAGUCAGAACACUUCCAUCGACCCACUUCCAUUUCCCAUCUUCAGCUCUCAGACCAAUCCAGUAUCCCUUGGUUCCUGAACUGCCCCAACUGUUAUUACUGAUGAAUGUCUGACAACAGAGAGACAGUUAUCAGAUAUUUAAACACUAUACUUAAAUUAACACACUGUGGCCUACAGACUCAGUGUGUUCAGACCUACACAAAAUAAACUUUCUUUGAAUA